GGGAAGGGGUCAGUGCAGGCCCUGGAGCGGGUCGAGGCCGCCUCCUCUCCUCCAGCAGAGGGACGCGCGAGGCAGUCGGUCGCCGGCGAGUCCCACUGCAUGAAUGGCUCCAUUCACGAGCGCCGCCGGGGCUGGGCUGGGCGCCUGAGUCCUCCAGCAGCGCCUGUUGCCCCCCCCGCCUCUCCCGCGGGCAGGGGGAAGGACCGCCGCCAGCCCGGGGAGGAGAAGGCGCUUGCAAGCCCUCCGGCCGCCCCGCCAGGGUCCCGAACAUGUCCCUGAUGCUCAACAACUCCUACCAAGGGGGGAAAGCCUUCGGAUUACUGAAAGCCAAGCAGCAAGGGAGGCUGGAGGAGAUCAACAAGGAGUUUCUCUGUGACCCGAAGUUUAGCGAUGAAGAGAAUUUGGAGGAAAAACUUGCUGUUUUUAAAGAAAAGUACAUGGAGUUUGACCUGAAUAACCACGGUGAAAUUGAUCUCAUGUCUGUGAAAAGGAUGAUGGAGAAACUGGGAGCCCCAAAGACCCACCUGGAGCUCAAGAGGAUGAUUUCCGAAGUGACCGGAGGGGUCAGCGAGACCAUCUCUUACCAGGACUUUGUCAACGUGAUGCUCAGGAAACGGUCAGCUGUUCUCAAGCUAGUGAUGAUGUUUGAAGGGAAAGCCAGUGAAAGCAUCCCAAAGCCUUCGGGUCCCCCUCCAGAGAGAGAUAUUGCCAGUCUCCCUUGAAAAGCCAAACUGGUCCGUUUCCCACAAUUCCCUUGGGCUGUACCCAGGGCUCCCUGCUUUCUUGCUUUUAUGUCGGACAGUCUUAGAAAGCCAUCAUUAACCUGCCUUAGCAAAAAGGAAUGACAAGGGAAGUUCCAGGGACCUUCCCCAGAAGAGUCCCUAUGUAGCCAUUUUUUUACAAACUGCAUCUGAAUAGCCCGCUCUGUCUCUCCCGGAGAUGGGUCAGUAGCGAAGAACAAAAAUGUGAAACCAAAACCCAAAUCCCACGAGGUACUUUUCUGAAGAGAGAUGUCAUGGACCAAAACCCAAAUCCCACGAGGUACUUUUCUGAAGAGAGAUGUCAUGGACGGUUUCCCGAGGCACUAUGGAACGGGGGGUGGGG